CAAUAUGGCCGCUAUGUGCUGUGAACUUCGUCACAUCCGGCUCCUGCUCAAAGUGAACCACCGAUAUCAACCCGUCGCUUCCGGUAAUGCCUCCUUUUCGGCAGCGGCUAUUUCCUCGCCAACAUGCCACUCGCAAAAGACUUGUUGCAUCCAUCUCCUGAGGAGGAAAAGAGGAGGCACAAGAAGAAGCGGCUUGUACAGAGUCCUAACUCUUACUUCAUGGAUGUGAAAUGUCCAGGUUGCUACAAGAUCACGACUGUGUUCAGCCACGCUCAGACAGUCGUGCUGUGUGUUGGCUGCUCAACAGUCCUGUGUCAGCCAACUGGAGGCAAAGCCCGUCUCACAGAGGGUUGCUCAUUCAGGAGGAAGCAGCACUAGCUGCUCUCCCAGAGCUGAAGGGGAGAGGAGGGGAUGGACCGGUUGGUAUCAGCGCCACUCAACGAUCUGAUCUGAACGAGACCUGGAGAAGGACUGGACAGCAGGGAGAUUUCUACUGUUCAUGUUGAUGGAUCGAUUGUUGCUGUUACUCCACCCUCCAACCCUGUCUCUCUUAAUAAAAUAUUGUUUUGGCUAGAUGAA